AUGUCUACUCACGAUAUAGGAGGGAAAAUCAGCCGUGAGGCUGAAUCCUGCAGGGAACAUGCAUGGCUUGCGACAGAAGCCCAACAGCCUGACGAGACUGGGAUUCUCGGUGAUUGGCUGGGCGAUGCACAUGCUGAAAACAGCGACAACCUACACCUCGUAUGCCAGUUUACACCGACUGCCGCAUAUAUGGACGUGUUCCUGAAGACGGCCACUACACGUGGGAACACCAAGAUUGAUACAAACUUGGCAUUCAAUUUACUCAGACCGUGGGUUUAUGAUGCCAUCGCAUCGGGAGUGGUCUGGCGGAUGAGAUUCGAAGGUGCGCAGCUUUCCUCGACAGCCAGGGUCAACGACCGAAACUCUGUGGUAUACCAAGUUGGUCAGGUUGGCGAUGACUCUCCCGCCAACGACUUCUUCCAAUUACGUGGACUACGUGGCGACUCGGAAAUCAACGGGCUUGUAUGGUGCAUGGCAGUUACACGGGUUACUUACGCAACCUCAAAGAUGGUUGCGAAUAACUGGUUCGCGACUCUGCCCACGCUUUCAAAAUGUCGCCACUGUUUAGGGGACCAAGACUCUGAGGCCUAUCAGCUGCGU